UUUCCAAGGAUCAUGCAGUACGUACCUGGCCCACACAAUCGGGCUUGUAACCACUACAAGGCCCUACAUGAUUUCAUCCUGGAGAGGGUGAGGAUAAAUCAGCAGAGCCUGGACCCCAGCUGCCCUCGGGACUUCAUUGACUCCUUCCUCAUCAGGACGGAAGAGGUAAGCAGGUUUGAAUUCAGCACCAGAAACCUGGUGGACACAGCAAUCCAGUUAUUCUUUGCUGGGACGGAGACAACGAGCUCCACCUUGAGAUUCGGACUCCUGUUCUUGGUGAAAUACCCAGAGGUCCAAGACAAGGUGCGAGAGGAAGUCGACCGCGUCAUAGGGCAGACCCACAGCCCAGCCAUGAAUGACCAAGGCCGGAUGCCGUACACCAACGCUGUGAUCCACGAGAUCCAGAGAUUGGCUAACAUCCUCCCCAUCGGGGUCCCACGCAAAGUGGCCUGCGACACCCACUUCCGGGGGUACCUUCUCCCCAAGGAUACAGAUGUCUCCACAGCCUUGGGCAUAAUUCUCCAGGACCCCAAAUAUUUCAAGGACCCAAAAAGCUUUCACCUGGAGCAUUUCCUGGACGAGGAAGGCCACUUCAAAAAGAAUGAUAGCUUUCUGCCGUUCGGCACAGGAAAGAGGGUGUGUCUGGGCAAGAGCCUGGCCCUCAUGGAGCUCUUCCUGAUGCUGACCACCAUCCUGCAGCGCUUCACCCUGAAAUCACCAAAAGAGCCGCAGGAAAUCGAUCUCACCCCAAAAGUGAGCGGACUUGGGAUUGUUCCCCCAAACUACGAGCUCUAUGCCCUCCCACGGGAGGAAGGGCUGCACGACAGCGCCUAGGACAUGGAACAGGCAUGCAACAGGGCAAAGCACCUCCUUCUCCUUCAUGUCUCCACUCCAAAAUUUUAGAUGGGCUGCUCCCAAUAUGCUGCACAGGUGUUGGUGUUCCCAAAUCUUGUGGGGUGCGUUGGAGUGCUACAGGGCAUCUCAGGACAUGAUCCAGGUUUGUGUCGCCUGACAAACAUUGCUUGGUUGCGUAAAGGCCCUGUGAUUUCAUGAGCAACUUGCAAAGGACCUUUUGACCCCAAAAUGGCUGAUACACGCGUGUCGUUGAGGAGACCUCCCAAGCAAGCCCCUUCAGGCAUCCACUCUGCCUACAGAAGGCCAUCAUACCCACAGUGUUUUUCAUAUUUCCUUUUGUCCCCAUAUUGCAGAAACAGCACUCCUGUCGGCCCUAAGACAGGCCAAGAGCUGUAAGAGUUUAAAUCUGCAAGUCUAGAGGUCUGUGGAAAGCCCCAGGGUGCAUCAGAGCGUGUAGAGUUACAUCAAGAAUAUCCUGGGAUGUAAGGAUCAGUACCGGCCUCCUCUAGUAGAUAAAAAAUGUGUGUCAUACAUGGUACACACCUGAGAAGACGUUACUAACUUCACUAAUCAGCAAAUUGCAAAGACGCAUCACACCAAACGUGAGCAAUCACGUGUGAGCAAUGAUGUGAGCCGACGCAACAGAAAUACACUCUGGAUUUGUGUUCAACCCUGCACUAUCCCUGCUGUCAGCCAGUCUGAUCACUCGGCUGAUAGGCUGAAUA